ACCCCCUCGGAGGAGCCCACCUGCCGAGGCGCAUGAAAGCCUGUCUUCUGCAGGUGGGCAGGGGAGGGGGCCCAAGACCGGGGGUCUUUCCUGGGAUAUAAAGGGCUCUGCUCCAUCGGCUCAGAGCCAGACAUCGCUUGUCCAACAGCCUGGCCUCGGAGUGGGCGCAGCACGGAGGCCGUUCCAGUCGCUGCCUGAGCCCUGCCCCUGCUCUCCUGCUAUGAUUGUGCUCCUGCUGACCGUGCUGAUGGUCCCCCGGGUUGGGGCCCAUGCUCUGGACACCCCACACUUUCCCCAGGCGUUGCCUCCAGGACUCUCAAAACAUAUCAAUACCACAUUCAUCAAUGGAAUGUUUGAAAAUGAGGAAAGUGUGGCUGAAAUGUUUGACUGCCUGGGCCCCCGCUUCACCUGGCUGCAGGCCGUCUUCACCAACUUCCCUCUGCUGCUCCAAUUUGUGCACGGAAUGAAGUGCGUCGCUGAUCUCUGUCCUCGGGACUUUGAAGACUAUGGCUGCGCCUGCAGGUUUGAGAUGGAUGGACUCCCCAUGGAUGAGACGGACAGCUGCUGCUUCCAGCACCGCAGGUGCUACGAGGAAGCCUCCGAGCAGGACUGCCACCAGGACCCCUCCAGGCUCAGCGCAAAAGUUGACUGCAUCAGCAAGAAGGUCACAUGUGAGUCUGCAGACCCUUGCAGUCACCUGCUGUGCACCUGUGACAAGGCUGCCCUUGAGUGCCUGGCUCAGUCUGGCAUCAACUCCUCCCUGAACCUUGUGGACACCUCCUCGUGCCUGGCUCAGACUCCAGAGACGAGCAGCAGGAAAGACACCACGGCUCUGCUGCCUGGAGUGGCUCCUGCAGAACCCACAGAUGCCAGCCUGACAGCCGUCUCAGGAGAAGAGCCAGGCCAAGAUCGGGAAGGCACGGAGGCCGCUAGGGCCACACCCCCUCCAGGAUCUGCGGAGGUUGCUACAGCCAAAGAGGUCACCCUCAUCCCUGCAGGCCUUAAAUCUUCGGGGUUGGCGGUGCCAUCCUCUGCAAGUGGACCUGAGGAGGCAACUAGGAAAGUCUGUGACAGACUCACCUUCCUGCACCUGGGGAGCAAGGACAACACGCAGGUGAUGCUGCCAUUUGGAGAGAUGCUCUUCUGUCUGACGUCCCGGUGUCCGGAGGAAUUUGAAUCUUAUGGCUGUUACUGUGGACGAGAAGGAAGAGGCGAGCCGAAGGAUGCCCUGGACAGGUGCUGUGUGUCCCACCACUGCUGCCUGGGGCGCGUGAGGCGGCUGGGCUGCGUGCUGGAGAGGCUUCCUCCGUCACCGGUGGUGUGCGAGGACCACACGGUCAAGUGUGUGGGGCAGAGCCUGUGCCAGAAGCUUCUAUGUGCCUGUGACCAGACGGCAGCUGAGUGCAUGGCCUCCGCCUCCUUCAACCAGAGCCUCAAGUCUCCAAGCGCACAGGAGUGCCAGGGCAGGCAGAUGUCCUGUGAGGACAGCACGCUCGGAGGGCGCUCCACCUCUUCUGUCAGCUCUAGCUCCGAGGAGAACAGCGAGGAGGCAGCACCUGGCACAGAGAGCCUCAAAAGAACCAGAAGAUUUCUGGGGAAGGUACUCGGCCCCUUGGGGACCAGGCCACGCCACAGCAGAUAGAUUCCAGUGGGCAGGACAAGGGUGCCUUGUAGCUCUGCUCCUGCCUGCCUUAACUCCUUGGCCCUCAGACCCCUCUGCAUCCACUGGAGCCUUAGCAGAGAUGCAAAGGGGACACAGGCAGAGCGCCUGGCCCUCGAGCAUCCCCACAUCUGCCAGCUCACACAAGAGCGUGUGCCGGAGGAGGCAGCGGCACAACUUCUGAGUUUCCCGUAGUUUAAUAAAUAUGCCAACCCGU